GAGGCUGUAGUGGAGGGGGCAGGGCGCAAGUUAUCAUGGAGGAUCAGUAGGCAACUUGCGGCCAACAGAGAAGGGCAGCUACCCGUCUGAUCCCCGGGACUUUUCUCAACUGCUCAGCGCUCGGUUCUAAACAACCACACGUCACAGUUAAACAUGGAUAUGAAGAAGAGGAUUACUUUAGAGCUGCGGAACCGAAGCCCAGCAGAGAUUGUGGAGCUGGUCGUGGACAACAGUCGGUCUGCUGACGGCGAGGUCGAAGGUCUGACGGACGAGUUCACAGAGCUGGAGUUUCUCAGCGUGGUCAACGUCGGUCUGAGCUCACUGGCGAAGCUGCCUUCACUGCCCAAACUACGGAAGUUGGAGCUGAGUGACAACAACUUAUCAGGGUCUCUGGAGACUCUAGCACAGAAAUGUCCCAACCUGACCUACCUCAACCUGAGCGGGAACAAGAUUAAAGAGCUGAGCACGUUGGAGGCGCUGCAAAACCUGAAGAGCCUGCAGAGUCUGGACCUGUUUAACUGCGAGAUCACGUCUCUGGAGGACUACAGGGAGAGCGUGUUCGAGCUGCUGCCUCAGGUGACUUACCUGGACGGCUUCGACCAGGAGGACAACGAGGCGCCAGACUCCGAGGCCGACGACGAAGACGAAGACGGCGAGGACCGGGCGGGGCCGACCGGCGACUACGGGGAGGAGGAUGACGAAGAGGAGGAUGAGGAUGGCUCAGAGGGAAGAGAGGUGGGGCUGAGCUUUCAGGUGAACCAGGCCAAUCAGGAAGAUUAUGAGGAUGAGGAUGACUAUGCAGAGGAGGAAGAGGAGCAGCAGGGCGCUGCGGGACAGAAGAGGAAGAGAGACGUAGACGAUGAAGGGGAGGACGACGACGAUGACGAGGACAACUAGUCGUCUGUCCGUCCGUCGUCUGCGUGUCGUCCCGCCCCAUCUGGACCCAACCUCCACCCAGCAGCAGCCGCGGCGCCGCGACCCGAGAUAGUUGGUUUCAGUUUGUUAGAUAGUCACUCGUUUUUUAGAUGAAAUUAUAUUUAAAGAGAAAGAGAUUUGAUGUGAACUUUACCUGUUGGUUCCAGCUGAAGACUCCACACUUUUCCCUUUAACAAAAAAAAAGAAAAGAAAAUUGCUUCAGGGUCAAACCCAGUGUUCGUCCACAACCAGAACCCCUGACCCGAAGGCGCCGCUGGGCAGCUGACGCCCUGCUUUCCUCAGGCUGCUGCAGCUCCUGCCAAUGUCAAUCUCCAAGCACAGAAACCCGCUAAAAACACGCCUCUCGCAAAUCUUCAGGGAAAACCAUUUAAACCGAGAGCCGAUCACUCCCAAAUUCAGAUACUAUGAGAGAUUCCUGUCCACAUCCGUAACUCCAGGUUGUUUUAUUACAGAGCUGCUCAAAAAAUUUAAUAAACCCUCUGAAAACAGAAAUCCAGCUUGAAUCCUUCAGGAAACGUAUUUCUAAUAAAAUAAUCUUACAUUGCAAAGACACUAAAUCUUACCAAGUACUUUUAGUCGAGUUUCUAGUUCAAAUAUCUUAGUACUCUAAAAAUAAGACAAAACUAACUUAUAAGCAACUUCUCAGCGAAAUGUAGGAGCUUAUUCACGUCAUUAAUUCCUUAAUAUUCAUUUUAAAAAAGCACUAAUUUCACUGGCACUGUGCGUUACCUAGCAACCCCAGCCAAGCCCAGCCCUUCGCCUAGCAACCCAGUUCUAGUUCCUGGCAAAUUAUUUCACCUAUAACAGGACAUUUAACUCAGUUCAAUUAAAGAUAUUUUAUGGAUCCCAAAGGGAAAUUAAAUGUUUGUUUUUUAAAAAUUUAUUUUAAGGUUUUAAUUUUUCCCAUAUUUCAGGUGAAAUAAUCUGCCAACUGAACUUUUUCACAGAUAUUAAGGAAAUAUUUACUUUAAACAAGCUCAUAUUUCUUGGUGAAAAGUUAAGUGUAAGUUAGUUUUAUUAUAUUUCAAGUGCACUAGAAGCUAGGAAUAUACGGGAACUAAACGCUGCUUUCUAUUGGAAUAAUUUAGUAUUUUGAUAAAAAUCCACUAUAUUUAUUCAUAUCUCUGUCUGAUUGGAAGCUAUGAAUUACUGGUUUAUUUCCUAACCUCUAAAUCAUGAGUGUCCAAACUUUUUGUCACAUCAAAAUUAAGCGCAGGCCAAAUAUUAUUGUAAAAAACUAUAAUCACCCAAAAUUUGAUUUGUUUUUAACGUCCUCUACAAUAAAGUAAUCACUAUCUAAUUUAAUUAAACAAAUAAGUAAUCUGAUUUUUUAUAGGAACAGGAUAGCAGAUUAAAUUGUUUUUGUAUGUUUUCCUUGUCAAUUUUAAAACUUAUUAAUUUAUUUGGUAGGGACAAUUCACCUUUAUUAACAUUUUUCGUAAACUUUGCCAGAAUUAUCCUUCAUCCAUCGUCCUGCUAAAAACAAACAAAGGUCAUACAAGAUAAAAUAACUAAACAACACACAAUUUGUCAAUAAAUGCAAUCAGUAAAUACAAGACAAUUACAACACAAUUAUUAUUUAAAAUUAUAAGAAAUAAUUCAAAUGAAAUUAAUUAAAGUAAAUUAAUAAAAAGCAUCCAUUAGCUAAUUAUUUUAGGCUCGACUGAAGAAAACAAAAAUUAUUUUGCCUGUUCUCAGCGAUAACAGGCUGUAGGUCAGUCUUCAUUUGAAAACGUUUGCUGUAAGGUGAAAUUUAGAGCAUAAGUGAAUGAGCAGAUGUGAUUCUGGUUACCAUGACAACAUGUUUUUAAGUAGAUUUUAAUUCAAAGCCGUAGGUUUGUUCUAAUUUAUUUAAUUAACUCUUUAAUUGUGGUCAGGGUUGCAGACCCCACUUUGACCUCCCUUACUCUAGAUUAUGUCUAAAUCUUUGCAAUUCUCCUGUUUCAAAUGAUCCAGCGGCGACAAAACCCACAGAAAAUGUUUUAAAAACAAAGUGAAGAGCUGAUUGGUGCUGCAGCCGGUUCCCCGUCAGAACCUCGGAGCCCUUCAGGGAAGCCAUGUUUGUCAGGUCAGAACCACGUAGGUCCAGCCGUGUCCGCUCCUCUCCAGGUAGUGAUAGGAAGACCUGCAGCUCCUCAGGUCCACACAAGCAGACCCUGUCGUUUCGGUGUGUGUUUGACUCGUUGUACGUCGUUUUUUGUGAUAGAGUGGAAGGAAAUCUUAGAUUUGUGGGUUUUCUUUGAUUUGAGUGUUUUAUUGUUUUCUUAAUGUGUUUUUUUCUUCUUCUUGGUUUUUUGUUGUUUUGAAUCAGCAGCUGUUAAUAUUUUUAAAGCGAGGGGCUCGUUUGUUUUUUUUAACUGUCAGGUCACAAUGAUGUCACAGCUCAGACUCCGCCCACUUCCGGUUCUCAUGCUCAGAUUUUAACAUCCUUGAAUCCUUUCCUCACCUCCUCAGGCUCUCUUUGUUGUAAUCAGAAGGGGGCGCUGUGGAGCAGUAAAGUGUCAAACCAACAUAAUUGCAAUUACAGAAAUUAUUUCCAGAUUUUAUUUCCUGUUUAAUCUUUUAAAUGUUCCUUCCUUAUGUCAUUCACUUUCUCCCUCCUUGUUUUACACCUCUGUUUAUUAUUCCCUUUGUUUUUGCAACCUUUUAUCCUUUUGUUUCAAUUUUUCCGUCUUUUUUGGUUCCUGCUUCUCUUUCGUCCUCGUUUCCUUCACUGUUUUCUUCCAUCUCUUCUUGCGUUAAUCCUUUCUUUUCACCUCCUCUCUUGCUUCCUUCCCAUAUCCUACAUAUCCUUCCUUAUUCCCUGCCCUUCAUCUUUUGUCUUCUUUACAUCUUACAUUUAUUUUGCCCUUCCUUCGUUUUUAUUUCCUUUCUUGGUUUUUAAAAGUUUAUUUUCUUCGUUUAGAUGCUUUCCUCUUUUUGUUCUUUUGACUUUUUCCUUGUUCCUACUUUUCCUUGCUCACUUAUUUCCUUCUUUCUCUCUGCUUUCUGUCCUUCUUUUGUCUCUACACUGUAAAAACACAAAAUCUCACCAACUAUUUUUAGUCUUAUUUCUAGCAGAAAUAUCUUAUUAUAGUUGAUAUAAACAAAACUAACUUUUCAAUAAUAUAUAUAAGCUUGUUUAAAGUCAAUAAUUUCUUAAUAUUUAUUUAAAACAACACUACUUCCACUGGAAGAUUAUCUGACUAAAAAUGUGUUGUUAUAAGUUAAAUAAUCUGCCUGUGGAUCUAUUUCUUUUUAAAUCAAUAUUAAGCUAUUAAUUACUUUUAAAAGUUUAUAUUUCUUGUUGAAAAGUUACAUAUAAAUAGUUUUUUUCUUAUUUCAACUGUACUAAUAUAUCUGCAUUAGAAGCACUAAGGUUUUCUGUUUUUUCAGUGUAGUUUUUUCCUGCAGAUUUUGAAUUUUAAUCCUGACCUCGAUUGUAAACAUCUGCAGUACACCCAAGAUUCUUUAGAAACUCAGAGCUAAGCUAAUUUAAGGAGAAGUGAAGGAAGUGCAGGAAGCCUGAAUUAACAAAGGGAGACAUCUUUGUUUUUCUAGGACUGUCAUUUUAAACCAACUUAGGCUCAACCUGCUGUUUGAUUUUCUGUCUGUCUGUCAUUUUGUUAUUUUUAUGAUCUCUGACAGAUCAGCAUUAACAGUGUUCAUUAAAAUCUAUUUAUUUUGA